AUGAAUCCGUCAGUUGAAGAAUUAAACGAGUGCGAAAAUGCAGGUAUCCCUGCGCAAGGCACCAAGGCAGAAAAUGGGCAACUAUCGUGGCCUCAGAUAUGUUUUCAACAUGAAUUCGUUCUUUCUUCACAUUUAGAGAUGCUGCAAUCGGCCAAAAGUCUCAUUCAAUCCGAUGAUAAUAUCUUGCGGACGAUUUCUUCUAUGCUCGACAAGACGAAUAAGUUGAUGUCACAAUUCCGCAUUGUCAAGGAACAGAUGAAGGCAAAUGGGAAGCAGUCUGCCCCCCAAGUCGAUGAUGCGAACUCGACGACAACUUCGGGAUCAAAUCCUCCAGUGAGAAAAAGGAGAGCCAGGUCAGGAGAUUCAAACGAGAACGGCGUGGAAUCGAGCAGGCUGCAAGAUAGUCACUCGCGAAAGCGAAAGCGCGUGGAAAUUCCAGGAAUUGAUGAGGACUUGCGGAAUACAACGCCAGUGUCUGCAGAAACAGAGGAUAUCUCUGAGGAAGUCCAGAGACGGCUGGAGAUUAAGGAAGAGCAGAGAAAAAGACGCAAUGCUAAGCCUGAGAAGCGGAAACGUGAUAAAGAUAGCCUUCUCUCGAACGAUGGCAGUUCGUCGCUGGGAGAUACCGCAAGACCAAAGAAGAAGCGACGAGAGGAACAGACAGGCUAG